AGUAAGCAGUGAGCACUUCUCGCCACAGCGGGAGACCAGCCUAGCUCUUGUCAGCGCCCGACGGGAAGGCGAAAGAGUGCGAGAGGGGACGAUGCUACAGACGUCUGUACCCGCGUCUGUUCGUCUCAGGUAACGGGCACAGACAGCCCACGAUUAUCGGCAGACAGCGGCUGAGCGGCCGGCUAUAAAGCAGAGAGGCAGCGAGCGCGGCGAGGCGAGCGAGAUGGCUGCGAUGACGAGGACGUCGGCGGCGCCGGCAGUGGUCGCGCUGUGUCUGUGGCUGUGGCUGCUGGCCCGCGGCGCCGCGGCGGCGCGCUCCUCCUGCUACGCCGACAACACGACGCCCUACCUGCUGCUCGGCGCCAAGACCGCCUACGAGUUCGUCUACGGAAGGCCCACGCCGCAGCAGACCACCAUACCCUACUGCGAGCCACAGCAAAUAUGGAUCCUGUCACGGCACGGCACCCGCUAUCCCGGUUCGGACGAUUACGACAAGCUGAACAGCCUGGCGAGCUUUCGUGACCAGGUCAUUCGCAACCACGAAGUAAAUCAUGAAGGUGACCUCUGUGACAAGGAUCUAGAUAAUCUCCGAAACUGGACACUUAAAUUCACUGCUGACAUGGGAGAUGUUCUUACAAAGCAAGGAGAGGAUGAUAUGAGACUGAUGGCACAACGUUUCAAAAACCGUUAUCCAUCCCUUUUUAGUGAAGGCUACAGGCAAGAUUUAUAUGAGUUUCGUUACACCAACACCCAGAGAACCCAAGCAAGUGCAGAAAAAUUUGCUGAAGGAUUAUUUGGUUCAAGUCAAGGAGUAUAUUUUCCUACCCCUCUGGAUAAUGACACUCUGUUGAAGCCAUACGACACCUGCAAUGCAUGGAAAACAAUGGUAGAUGAUAACCCUGAUGCAAAAAUUGAACAAACACUGUUUGAAGAGGGGCCAUGGAUGGAGGAAGUGAUAGCUAACGUUAGCAAGAGACUGGGGUUUCGUUAUCAACUGAAAUAUGAUGAUAUAUCUACAAUAUAUGACAUGUGUCGGUAUGAUAAAGCGUGGAAUCUGGUUGCAGUUUCUCCUUGGUGUGCAGCAUUUUCUGACAGUGAGUUACAAGUUAUGGAAUACAAGGAAGACCUCAAGUACUACUACAAAAGUGGAUAUGGCCAUGAUAUAAAUGUUGAACUGGGUUGCACUACUCUUAAAGAUCUCAUGGAUCAUUUUCAAAAUCUUGAGUCUAAUAAAACUAGUGCUAAAGGGGUGUUUUACUUCUCACAUUCAAGUAUGUUGCACAUGAUGCAAUCACGUAUGGGUAUAGCCAAAGACAGUGAACCUCUAACACACGAUGGCUAUAACACAACACAAAAACGGAAAUGGAGAACUUCUAAGAUUGGAUCAUUUGCAACUAACAUUGCUGCAGUUUUUCUGAAGUGUACUGAAGGAGAUACAUAUCGUGUAAUGUUCUAUGUAGCCGAAAAUGUGGCAGACAUUGAAGGUUGUCAAGUAGGCCUUUGUUCAUGGGAUACUGUGAAAGCAAAAUAUGCUGACAUAGCUGAAAAAUGCAAUCUGGAUUUCUGCAAUAUGAACAGAAGUGGAACAACUGGAAUUCACAGACUCCCAUGGUUUUAUGCAUUGAUAAAUGCAAUUAUAGUCAUUUUGUUGUUGAAGAGGAAUUAAAUAAGAAGACUGUAUCAUUAUGUAACAAUAAAAAUUAAUGUAU